CCUACCGGACAGCAUAUUCGAUUUCUAUAUUUAUCAGCUGAGAAGAAAAUGAAGUUGUCUCGGCAAGUACCCACGCAGUCAGUCAAAGCAGAGGAUGAAUCAAGAUGGAUGAAUGAUUGAACAUCUUGACUGGAAAUAAUAUGUUCCUUUUUGACGUAAAUUUUAAUUGUCGGCAGCAUUUGCCUCCUCAGUCAAUUACAUGUACGUCAUAGGCAAGAAUGUUAAUGCUGAUUUGACUACGUUGUAGGUCGGCCAGCAGUUCAAGUCGUGUAAGUAGUGUAAGUAGAUUUUGUUUAGGUUGUAUAGUACAAAAGUCCAAAUUGAAGCAUGAUGUUGCAAACAACAACGCGAUGCAUUUUGAGAAGGAAUUUACUGAAACGUAAUUACACCAGAGAAGCAGCUGUUAUCGGUUCAACUCCAGACAAAAACACACCGGAAUAUCAGGAAAACUAUGCACACUUGAAGAACCUGGUGACAGAGCUGCAGGCUGCAGUGGAGUGUGUGAUGAAGGGAGGGGGAGAUCAGGCUAGGCUGAGGCACACAUCCAAAGGCAAAUUGUUGGUACGGGACCGUGUAAACCGUCUGCUUGAUCCAGGCUCUCCUUUUCUGGAGCUGUCGCAACUUGCUGGCCAUGAUCUGUAUGGUGACGAUAUUGUCCCUGCGGGGGGCAUAGUCACAGGGAUUGGCAGGAUAGCAGGGUUAGAGUGUAUGAUUGUUGCCAAUGAUGCAACAGUAAAGGGAGGAACCUAUUACCCGAUUACAGUGAAGAAGCACGUCCGAGCACAAGAGAUAGCAUUAGAAAACAGACUGCCCUGCAUCUAUCUGGUUGACUCAGGUGGGGCAAACCUUCCAUAUCAAGCAGAAGUAUUUCCAGACCGCAACCAUUUUGGGCGCAUAUUCUAUAACCAGGCAACAAUGUCUGCACAAGGCAUUGCUCAGAUUGCUGUGGUGAUGGGUAGCUGCACGGCAGGUGGUGCGUACGUGCCUGCAAUGGCUGAUGAGAGUGUCAUUGUGCAAGGAACAGGCACUGUAUUCCUUGCAGGACCUCCACUAGUAAAGGCUGCAACGGGGGAGGACAUAAGCGCAGAGGAACUGGGUGGGGCUGAUCUUCACUGCAGAACGUCAGGUGUUACAGAUCACUACGCCAUGGAUGAUGAGCAUGCCCUGUACCUCACAAGGCAAAUUGUUAAGAACCUCAACAGGUGCAAGGUUCUAGAGACGACAAGUUGUUCACCUGACCCGCCUGUUCAUCCACUGGAUGACCUCUACGGCAUUGUUGGAGGGAAUAUUAAGAAGAGCUUUGACAUCAGAGAGGUGAUUGCUCGUAUUGUGGAUGGCUCCCAGUUUGACGAAUUCAAAAGGCACUAUGGAAAUACUCUGGUGACUGGGUUUGCACGGUUAUAUGGCUAUCCUGUUGGUGUUGUGGGUAACAAUGGCAUUUUGUUCUCAGAGGCUGCCGUCAAGGGGGCUCAUUUUGUGGAGCUGUGUUGUCAGCGCAAGAUACCACUGCUGUUCUUGCAGAACAUAACUGGCUUCAUGGUGGGGCGUGAUGCAGAAGCAGGUGGCAUUGCAAAGCAUGGAGCCAAGAUGGUUACUGCUGUAUCAUGUGCACAGGUCCCUAAGUUGACCCUCAUUAUCGGAGGCUCAUUUGGAGCAGGAAACUAUGGCAUGUGUGGUAGGGCAUAUGGCCCAAGAUUCCUGUAUAUGUGGCCCAAUGCCCGCAUGUCAGUGAUGGGCGGAGACCAGGCUGCAGAUGUGCUGUGUCAGGUGUCCCGCCAAAUACGAGAACGAGAGGGCAAACAAUGGACGAAUGAGGAGGAUAGAGCCGUCAGAGAUCCCAUUGUAAAGAAAUUUGAGGCAGAGGGCAGUCCAUUCUUCUCCAGUGCCAGAGCUUUCAUCUCUUGCUUCUAAAUGCUAGGGGAAAGCAUAAACAUUGAUUCCUAGAGAAGCAGGUUGUAAUAAUGUAAAAUGAUGAAGUUAUGCAUGUGGCCAACAUACAAGUGACCAUCUUCACAUAUGUCUGUGUCUCAUUAACUGGAAAGUAUAUAUCGUGGAUUAACUGUGGAAGAAUUAUGUAAAAAUAGAUACUUCUCCUGAUGACAUUUUUCCAUCAACAUCCCCUAUGAUACUAUAUAUAUAUUCACUGCGAAUUAAAUUUAUGCUGUUAAAUAAUGGUUGAAGUCUUAUAACAGAAGGCAGCUGGGUCCAAAUAAGAUUGCCACUUCAUGGCCUGUAGAAUUUUAGGUGUACCAUUGGUAUAUUAAUUGCUAAGUGGUACAUUAUGCAUCAUCGUUCAAACAGAUAUUUUGUUAGUUUUAUAGAAGCAACGACCCGAGAUAGCAUAGUCUGCAUAGUGACUGGCUACAAGCUGUACGACCAAGUGGUCGGAGUUUGAGUCCCAGUGGGGGCAACAAUUUUCACUUUUGCAUGUUUCACAGACUGGCUCUGGGAUCCACCUAAUCUCCUAUUUGAUGGGUAUAGUGGGCAAAGUGGCAGGG